ACAAAGCGUACACUACAGUGUUUACCUUUAUUUAAAUCGUUAUUUGAGCCGAUGCUGUUACUUACUUGAUUAGCGACUGGUGUUGUAUCUUAUUUCUUCAAGAUCAAGCUGAAGCUGUGUUUAAUACAACAAUGAUGCGUGUGUUAUGAUCUGACUGAGCAUCACUCUCCGUUACCUGGUUCAAGAUGUCACCGACCGGAAAAAGCCAUCUGUGGCGAAUGAUAAAGGUUGCCAUGGAAGCGCAAGACUUCUAUCAGCCUCAUCUUGAACAUCUGCAGAACAUACCAGAGGAUGAGGAGAGUAUUACUCAAGCCAUGCACAAUACACUCGUUGAUCGACUACGCAGCUGGAAUCGAUUCUACAACCUGUCAUCGGAGACAUUCUUCCUGGCCGUCAAUGUGAUGGAUCGUUUCCUCUCACUUGUCAAGGCAAGGCCUCAUCAUUUGAUGUGUGUGACUGCUGCCAGUUACUACCUCAGCGUCAAAAUGCUGGAACAUUCUCAGGAUGUGAUGUCGCCUGAGGAUCUGAUUCGCAUCACUCAAUGCGGCUGCACUGCCAUGGACAUAGCGCGCAUGGAGAACAUUAUCCUACAGAAGCUAGGCUGGGACAUGGAAGCACCCACGUCUCUCUCCUUCCUGCAACUCUACCACGCCUACUGUGUGGUGUCCGACAUCUUGGGUACGGACGCUGGACUGCAGACGGACCACUUGGAGGUCAUGACCAGGAAACUGGAGGCCUGCAUGUGUCAUUUUCCUCUGACGCUUUUUAAGCCCUCCAUGCUAGCAAUGUCGCUACUGUUAUCGGAGCUACCAGACUUCAUCAAAACCAACUGCAACAUCAGCCACAUGUCCUGGGCCAGAGUUGUUGCUGGCCUACAAUACUCCAUGAAGAUGUCAGACUGUGAGCUUCUCGAGUGCCAAACCAUCUUGUCAGAGUUCCUUGCCUCCUACUCUUCUCCGGAGUGCAAGAUGCCGACGAGCAGGUUGAGUUGGAUCAUAUCGUCUCGGACAGCCAGGCAGUUGAGAUUCAGUGCUCAGUUGGCCAGCACCCUAGCACCCAUUCCUGAACACGAGGGGAGUGUUACAGAUGACAACUGGUCUGAUAGUUCUUUGAAUGACACAACCGACUCCCAAUCAAGUGACGAGACUCCCUUCACUUCUACCCUCAAUAGCAAAGAGUCUGUGCUACAAGCAAGUGAAGCAACAGCGCCCUCUGUUGGCCUACAGAGAGACAGGUGUCUUCUGUGGGAAGAGGCAGUGUUGUUCAGAUACCAGAAUGAAAAACUUGCGUUGUGUCCGCUGUGGGAAACUUAUGCAGAGAGGUGAUCCACAAGGGACCUCGGUGAGGUCACUGUGGCCAGGGUCAAGGGUUAUUCCGGGUCAUGGGUCAUCCAUGGUCAAGAUUGAAAAACGAGGUCACCGGAGAUGCACAAUGCUAGGCAGGGAAUUGGGACCUGAUCUGCCAUGGUGUGCUUUUCACCUUGUGCAGUAUGCCAGUCCUCAUAGGAAAACUUAAGAAUGUUUUUUUCGGGGGAAUGCUGUACCCAAAGUGACGUUUUAAAGGUAUAGUCCGUCAUUUGUAAUUUGUUCAUUUUGUUCGUUUGAAGCAACAAAAGUGUUCAAAAUCUAAUGAAGGGGGCUGAACAACUAACCUGAUGAAGUUUCAGCUCAGCUUCAGCUG